GCUUGUUCGGUAAGCGGUUAGCAUGGUGGCUAGCGGUGUAGAUGUUUCUAGUUAGCGGUGUUAGUAAAAGCGGCUGAGUGGGUUUGGGCCGAUUCGGGAGGUUCAGGAGGUUUAAGACUGUGGAAGGAUAUGGCGCUGAUGCUGGGCUUGUUCUCUGUCCGCGGCGCACUGAGGAGGACUUUAAUGCGCUCUUCAUCACUCUCUGCUGCUCUGGGAAAACUUUCAUCAGCCAGGUUACAUGUCCAUACCAACAGGAACCUGACCCCGAGUUGUCUGAAGCCACACUGCACUGUCAGUAAUCCCUGGGCUACAUCAAUACUUUAUGCAGGCGGCACUUCCAAAGAUGGAAAACCAAGGGGACCAGAGCGCCAGUCGAGCGGAGAUGGAGGAAAAAAAGGAGGAAAGAGAGACUGGAAAAGCCGGUUACAACAGGGUGAUAUUCCAUGGGACGAUAAUGAUUUCCGCUAUAUGGCAGUCACAGUAGCAGGUGUUGCAUCUGUCCUGCUUUACUUGUAUCUUAAUGAUCCAGGAAAUGAGAUUACUUGGAAAGACUUUGUCCAUCGCUACCUGGCUAGAGGACAAGUUGAGGGUUUGGAGGUCAUUAACAAGCAGUUUGUCAGGGUCAUCCUUGUCCCAGGAGCAGAAGGUUCAGAUGGCAGCUAUGUCUGGUUCAACAUUGGCAGUGUAGACACUUUUGAGAGAAAUCUAGAAGUAGCUCACUAUGAGCUGGGACUGGAGCCCUCGAACAGAGUGCCAGUGGUGUACCGCUCAAAGAGUGAUGGGUCUUUCAUUAAGAGUAUCAUUCCUACUUUGCUGCUGAUUGGUUUUCUACUCUUCACCUUACGGCGGGCAGCAAUGGGUGGAGGUGCAGGUGGUGGAAAGGGGCGUGGGCUUUUUGGCAUGAGUGAUUCCCCUGCCAAGAUGAUGAAGGACAACAUAGACGUUAAGUUUAAAGAUGUAGCUGGGUGUGAGGAGGCAAAACUAGAGAUCCUAGAAUUUGUCAACUUUCUAAAGAACCCACAACAGUACCAGGACCUGGGUGCUAAGAUCCCUAAGGGGGCUGUUUUAUCAGGACCUCCAGGAACAGGCAAGACACUGCUGGCCAAAGCCACUGCUGGAGAAGCUAAUGUCCCAUUUAUUACUGUCAAUGGCUCAGAAUUUCUUGAGAUGUUUGUGGGAGUCGGUCCAGCCAGGGUGAGGGACAUGUUUUCUAUGGCGAGGAAGAACGCUCCCUGCAUCCUUUUCAUAGACGAGAUUGAUGCAGUUGGCAGGAAGAGAGGUGGAGGAAACUUUGGUGGUCAGAGUGAGCAGGAGAACACCCUCAACCAGCUGCUUGUGGAAAUGGAUGGUUUUAACAGCAGUACAAAUGUUGUGGUGUUGGCUGGCACAAACAGACCUGACAUCCUAGACCCUGCUCUGAUGCGGCCUGGGAGAUUUGACCGGCAGAUUUACAUAGGUCCUCCUGAUAUAAAGGGUAGGGCCUCUAUCUUUAAGGUUCAUCUGAGGCCACUUAAACUGGACCAGAAUCUAGACUCUAAUGCCCUCGCUAGGAAAAUGGCUGCUUCCACCCCUGGUUUUACAGGAGCUGACAUUGCAAAUGUGUGUAACGAAGCUGCCCUAAUUGCUGCCAGACAUCUCAGUGGAGCAGUCAACGGCAAACACUUUGAACAGGCCAUCGACAGAGUGAUUGGAGGUCUUGAGAAAAAGACGCAAGUCCUGCAGCCCACAGAGAAGAAGACAGUGGCUUAUCACGAGGCUGGACAUGCUAUAGUCGGCUGGUUCCUCGAGCAUGCAGAUCCACUGCUUAAGGUUUCUAUUAUUCCACGUGGGAAAGGUCUGGGCUAUGCACAGUACCUCCCUAAGGAGCAGUACCUGUACACGCGGGAGCAGCUGUUUGACAGGAUGUGCAUGAUGCUCGGGGGUCGCGUGGCUGAGGAGGUUUUCUUUGGCAGAAUAACCACUGGUGCUCAGGACGACCUGAAGAAAAUCACACAGUCAGCCUACGCUCAGAUUGUGCAAUUUGGGAUGAGUGAAAAGGUGGGUCAGUUGUCGUUUGAUCUGCCGAGGCGGGGUGACAUGGUGAUGGAGAAGCCAUACAGCGAAGCCACGGCAGAGCUCAUCGAUCAGGAGGUCAGAGAACUGGUGGACAAAGCAUACCAAACAACUUUGACGCUCAUCAAAGAGAAACGUGACCUGGUUGAAAAGGUGGGAAAGCGUCUCCUGGAAAAAGAGGUGCUGGACAAAGCUGACAUGGUGGAGCUGCUUGGCCCCAGGCCAUUUGAGGAGAAAUCCACCUAUGAGGAGUUUGUGGAAGGCACAGGCAGCUUGGAGGAGGACACAAGCCUACCUGAGGGGCUAAAGGACUGGAACACGGAAAAGGAGAAGAAACAGGAUGAGGUGGACAGCUCCCAAAAGGUUUUCACCUUUAAGAAAUGUGAACUGCAGCCAUGUCACAACGUAACAUGAAAAUCUUAUACUGGGGUCUGUACCAUUUUUAAAUAUUGUAUUCAUGACCUCAGACGGUGUUCUUAAAUUCCAGACUUUUAGGAGGUAGGUGAUGGACUGAUUUGUUUAUGCUGUAAACAGCUUUUUUUUUUUUUUUUUUUUAAUCCUCUUUAUGAAAGAAGAGGAGAAGAGAUGCUGUAUAUUUGUAGAACCUAUGGACUGGUCUGAUUACUUUGUUUUGACAAACCUGCAUUAUUGUACUUAUUUAAUUAAACUGUCUUAUUCAACCAUAACAAACAUACAUUCAAUUUUAUUUUAGUUUACUUCUGAAUGUCUCCUGUUUCAUUAAACAAUGGUUCAUCUUUACCUCUUUUAAAAAAAUUUUUUUAUAAAAGACAUUUUCAUCCUGUAUUAUAAACACUGUAUUUAUGUAUGUGCUACUUUUUUUAUGAUAAGAAAAGGAUUCUAAAUCGGACAUAGUCAGUAUCGAUGGGAAUAGUACCCCCCCAAAUUUUUUUUUUUUUUUUUUUUUUAAUCUGGGGGGAAAAAACAAACGUGCAUUUACUGUAAAAAUGAAGAUGACCAAAUAGUUUUGUCUGUGUUAAUGCCAGUGGUGCAGUGAGCAGUAAUGCCACCUCACAACUGAUAAUGUUAAUCUUGAUAUUACUACUGGGUGACUAUUACUGUGUAGGUUUUCUUUAUCUUGUCAUUCCUAUCGACAGUUUCUGUCAUCCCCUUAUGGUUUUGAGAUGAGACUGCACAUUGCUGUAAUCAUAUUUGUACAGUUUGUUUUUUCCCUAGUAUCCUGUUUAUGGGUAAAACUAAGCCACAAUUUUACAAUGUCAGCAGAAGUAGGCCACAGCCAGAUUGAUUUAUUGCAUCCUCUGCUUCCCCCCUGUAGCGGAUACUUUAGCCAUCUGGAAAAUCUUGCUUUUAAAACUGAACACCAGAAGCAGUGUCAUCUUGCAGGCCUGAAAAUUUAGUUUAAAUUUAAAUUUUGGUCUUGAUACAAACUUUA